AUGUCUCCCACUACGCCUGGUAUCCAUCUCAAGCUCAAGGAAGUGAGGACGGAGUAUCAUCCGAUAGAUGCAAUGGCCGCCUGCACUGCAGCCUGGUGUCUUCCGACUGUGUCAGCCCAGAUUGUUCAUAUUGGCGUUGGCGAUCGCACCGCCGGUCUUCUGCCACAAAUCCGUGAGCUUUCACCAGCUAUGUACGAGGAUACGGAAUCCUUGACUUGGGGCUGUCUGGCAGGUUGCCAUAUCACGAGACAUUGA